AUGUAUUAUUGGAGUGUGAAAUGUCAAAUUGUGACGCUAAUCGUUGCGAUUGCUUUCAUUGUCGCCUCAAUUACGACAUGGAUCGCUUUCCCGCAUUUGUAUCCAGCAAUCGUGAAAAAGGAAUUAACUUUUGCUCCUACAUCUGAUGAGGGUCUCAGCUACUCAGCUUUCAUGCUCGCCAAUCCACCGAUGAGAAACGUGAUGAAGUUCAUUUUCUUCAACAUCACCAAUGCUGAAGAGCUCAAAUACGAGGGCGCUAAGCCACGUGUCUACGAGACUGGUGCAUAUGCUGUUAUAGAAUCCGAGCAAAAACGGUACACUGAGUUCUCUUCUGAUAAUUCGGAGAUGUUCUAUGAGAACUACAAGACUUAUAUAAUCUCCGAUGAUGAAACAUGUGAUGGAUGUAAUUGGGAUGAUGUGGUCACAAUUCCGAAUCCCGUUGAAGUGGGAGCUGCAGCCGAUGUGAUGGAUCCUCAAUUCAACAUUUCUCAUCCAGAGAAAGUGAUCAUUGCCACAUUGAUGAUACUCGUUGGAGAGUAUCCAUUUAUUACGAAACGUGUCCGAGAUAUAAUCUUUGAUGGUUACAAUGAUCCGAUGCUUUCAAUUGCUCAUUCGAAACUCGUCAAUGCUAUCAAUUAUAUGAUUUAUGGAAACAGUGGCAAGUCGAUCAUUCCAAUCCCAGCACCAGCCAUGCACAAACUCGGAUUUCUCAUUGGAUACAACAACUCUAAUGAUGAAAGUUUUUGGAUAAAAACGGGAAAAGACAAUAUUGAUGAUAUUGGAAAAGUGACAAAGUGGGGAAAUGUGACUGAACUACCUGGAUAUUGGUGGACAAGUGAUUACGCGAGAAGUAUCCGCGGAUCAGAUUCUGGCAGCUUCAGCAAAUGGCAUUUGAAGAAAACCGAUCAUUUGGAGAUGUUUUAUUCAUUUAUGUGUCGAUCAUUUAACAAAGAGUUUCUUGAAGAGACUACAGUUGAGGGAAUUCCCGCUUACAGAUUCUCAACUCCAUACGAAGACUACGAUUCAACUCUAGAAAUCAAUCGUGGCUUUCGAUAUCGAAACUUUGAGCACAUCGACUAUUACCCAGGAUGGCCAAAUUGUCCAGAAAAAAACGCGUCUCGUUGCGACAAGAAAAGAUUUGUCGACUGUUCGGUGGCGCUGAAUUUCUGUGACGAUUGUUGUGAGGGAUCUCUCUACAAUAGCACGUACUUCAUACCUCCCGGCAUUUUUCCUCUUGUUUGUUAUCCUGGAAAACUUCAACCGACUCCAUUCUCAGUGAUGUACUCACCGCCUCAUUUCCUCUAUUCUCCACAACAAGUGAUUGACUCAGUUUAUGGAAUGAAUCCCGAUCCCGAUCUUCAUCGACCAUUCCUUUAUGAUCAUGAACCGUAUUCUGGGCAAGUGAUGCAAGUGAGAGCUCGUCUAAUGGUCUCCACGCCGAUGAUGAGAGAGACCACUUUCUUCCACAACACUCAUCUCCCAAACGUGAUGUUCCCAAUCUUUUAUCAAUCAGCACACGCAAAAGUGAAAGAUGUCAUUUUGCAUAAACUAUGGCUUGGCUUUGUCUUUAUCCCGAAAUUCGUCGAUUUCAUGAAAUAUCUUCUUUUAACAUAUUUUUGUGUCUGUUACGGGUCAAAAUGUGAUAUCUCAGUGUUAGUAGAUCCGUCAACAAAAAUAGUGGCUGACGAGCGAAAGGAAGUGACCGAAGUCGUCGAGGAAGCCGAACCAGACAUCGAAAUGUCUCCAGAACAGAUGAAAGAAAAGUUGAAAGAACUCUACACAGCUGGAAAGAAGGACUACUAUGAAGACAACUUCGAGAAAGCUGCUGAUUCGCUAGCGGAGGCUGCUCAACUGGCCGACAAGCUAUUUGGACAAAAAGCUGGAGAAACUUUCGACUACUAUCUCUACUACGGGAGAGCUGAACUUGAAAUUGGACGAGAAGAGAAUAUCCUCUUCCGGAAUGCGCAAGAGGUGAUGGCCGAUGAUCCCGAGUCGCCCUUGCUGGUGAAAACGACGGCUCCCUUAGUGGCGGUGAUGUUGAUGGUCUCGCUGAACAUGAAGAGAUCCGAGCACGUCUUCUUGAACUCGGUCACAGGCAUUUCGAGCACCACAGCG